UUGUCCAGAAAGAACAAAACAGAGAGCUCACUUGAUGAGUUACUGCAGCGCUUCGAUGUCGUCAACUUCGAUGUGAACUUUCACUAGCAAGACCAAGGCGAACAUGAGGUGCCGGAGCAGACUUCUACAGAUUGUCUGGCUAUCGUCUCUGCUUGUCGCCAGCAUUGCUCUGGACAAAAAAGGCUCAUCCGACUCUUCACAUGAAUGGUCUAGCCACUCAGCGCCAAACUCGAAUGAAGACACGUUACCGAGCUUGCACGGUUGGAAAAACACCAAAGGAAAUGGGGAUUCAUCCGAAGAAGCGCUGAACAGCUCUAGUAUAUUGAAGGUGCCUGCCAAUCAGGUGGUGGUGGGUGACACCGGGCGCACGUGCGUCUACGGGAUAGUGCAACAGUGCCUUAAGAACGAGGAGUGUGUCACGUCGGGUCCACGGCGGCGCACGGGCACGUGCCGCUGCCGGCAGGGCUUCACCAAGGACCCGGUUUCGGGGUCCUGCACGGGACCCCAGAAUGCCUCCCUUAGCAGCCAGGCUGUGCCCACUGCAGCUCCAUUGUCAUCGUCCUCGACGAAAGCCGCGGCAGCCGCCUCGCCAACUACGACGACACCCUAUCCUUUGAUUGUGUCGGCCGGAGAAAACAAGGAACUGCACCUUCCCGAGAACGAAGUGGUUCUGUCGGCAUAUGCCCUCAAGGGGGGAGGAGACGGGAACAAGUUCCAGUACCAGUGGACGCUGGUGUCUCACCCCGACGGCGAGGAGACAGGCGUCAUGCAGGACCAGAACACCCAGGCACUGAAGCUGUCGCACCUGCGGGAGGGACUCUACACCUUUCGAGUCGCUGUGACGGGAAACAACUCCUACGGCGAAGCCACGACCAACGUGACGGUUCUGCCUCCAAAACGAAUCAACAAACCACCUGUGGCCAUCAUUCAGCCAGACAACGUUACGGUCAAGCUUCCCAGCAAGGACACUGUCUUGGAUGGCUCUUUCAGCACAGACGAUGACAAAAUAGUGCAGUACCACUGGGAGCCGAUCACCAUUCCAAUCGGCUACAGCCCCAAACUGAAUGACACACCGACAGUCCAGCUGAAAGACCUCAUUCCUGGGUUCUACCAGUUCAUGCUCAAGGUGACAGACUCUGACGGUGUCACAAACACCACCAGUGCAAAUGUGACUGUUCUUAAAGAGAUGGAUUACCCACCAACAGCCAAUGCGGGGCCCCAGUCUGUUGUGUACAUGCCCAACAACGAAGUGACGCUGAACGGAAACCUGAGCACCGAUGACAAGGGCAUAAAAAGCUGGGAGUGGACCAAAAGCCCCGACACGGACAAGCAUGUUGACAUGGAGGGAACGACCAGUCCAUACCUGCACCUGUCAAACAUGGAAGUGGGCGUGUACAAGUUUCUCCUGAAGGUCACCGACACGGCCGACCAAACUGCAACUGCCGAGGUGCACGUGUUCGUUAAGCCAGCGUCCAACCAGGCCCCGACGGCCGAUGCUGGGAAGGACGUGCGCGUUUCGCUGCCCAUCGACAAGCCGAUCAUGCUGGACGGCAGCCACAGCACGGACGACGUUGGCAUCACGUCGUGGCACUGGAGCCAGAUUCAGGGUCCCAAGCCAAGCCGAGUCGAAGAACCAAACAGUUCGACCACAAGAGUGUCGAACCUUGUGCCGGGAGAGUACGUGUUCAAAUUGGAUGUCGUGGACGCCAACAAUCUGACCAGCUCUGACAACGUCUCCAUCAUCGUCACCCAAAAUAAGAACGCCCCGCCCAAGGCUGAUGCCGGUGGUGACCGGACGGUGUUCCUCCCUGUGGACGUAGUCUCUCUGAAUGGAUCACGGUCGUCGGAUGACGUGGAGAUUGUUUCGUGGCACUGGACACGAGAUCCUUCAUCUCUGGCAGCAGGGCGCAUUCUGGAGAACUCGAGCUUCUCGCCUAUCCUUCGUCUGUCGGAGUUGAUCCCGGGCCGGUACAUGUUCACGCUGACCGUGUCCGACGCCCAAGGUGCGACGGGGCAGGACACCGCGUCCCUCAUCGUGAAGCCGAUGCCCAGCCUGGUGCAACAGGUGGAGCUGCUGUUGGAUGUCGACAUUGAGACCUUCACUCAAGAGCAACUGGACACAGUGUUGAAGCAGCUCGAAUUGCUGUUGCACGACGGAGAGUCACUGAGGGUUCACUUGGUGGACCUGAACUACCAACAAGAUUCCCGAAGGGUCCGAAUCAUCUUUGUGGCCGAGAAAGAAGACGCCAAGGGCUCUUGGUUACCUUGUCGGGGUCCCCUCAUGGUUGCCCGGCUGAAGCAGAGGCUACGAACGCACAGUGCACUGCUCGACUGGGAUGUGAUCUCGGUGGACACUGUUGUGUGCCAGAACGAGUGCUCGGGGCAUGGCACGUGUGACAUGUACAGCAAGCGCUGUGUCUGUGAAGCCUUUUGGAUGGAGGACUUCGUUCGUGCAAGUCUAGGAGACCGUGAGAGCAACUGUGACUGGAGUGUACUGUACGUCAUCAUCAUUGCCUUCCUGCUUCUGAGUGUCCUGUCCACUUCUCUGUGGGGCCUGGCCUGCUUCUGUUCGAGAAUGCAUUUCCGGCGGCCCAGAAUCAAGAGAAAUUACACGCUGCUGAAGGAUUCCCGCGACAUUGAAAAGGACAGCCUCGACCUCAUACCGAAAGGCAAGACGCUGACGACAAGCUUGAUGGCUUCGGAUUCGGAUUCGGACACGCUCUUCGAGACGCGUCCUCGACCAUCGGUGGCCGUCAAGCCGCUCACCGGAAACCACCGCACGGGGACGUCCAACGGAAGCCUGAAAAACAGAGUGCAUACCUGAAAGCAAGCACGCACAACUGCUGGGUCGCCCCCAUCCGACUUUCCAGAAGAAGCCAAUCCAAUCCCUCCCGCCCCAAUCCAGCCGAGGUGCACACUGGUGGGGCACUGUGGGGGCCCAAGAGGGAAGUCAGCCACAUUUAACAGACUAGAGCUAAGAGUAAGUUUAAAGGGUCGCCAAAGUGAAACUUGCGAGUAUAAAUUGGCAGCAGCAAGCUCAGGACCGAGUUGACUAGCGGAACAUGGGAGAGGCCUUUGUCCUGCAGUGGACGUAGUCAUGCUGAUGAUGAUGAUGAUGAAAGUGAAACUCAGUUUGUCUAGACUUAUGAAUCGACACUUUGUGAAAUAGCGAGCACCCCCCUGGCUUGCACUUUUUGCAAACAUCUGUAAGGUAACUUUUUCGCAAAAAUGUUUUCCAGGCGAAAGUUUUUUGCACGAAACCUCUCGCUCCCAGCCUGCUUUUCUCGCUCUAAGCAUCUUCACCUUUUGCACGAUGUUGCAAAGUUGUGGGAACACUAGAAAGAUGUUUUCUAACAAAUUGCCGGACUGUCGCGCUUUAUUGCAAGUUUCCUCGUGUAAAGAAAAACGGAGAAACAAAAGAAAGAAAAGGUGGAGGCUAGUGAUGACUAGAAAAAUAUAGUUUGUCUGCUGGUCCAUGGACGAGGCUGUUCGUGUGAAAAACAUGCCUGCUAACACAUGCGCUCAUUUGACUCUGUGUGUUUGUCAUUUUUUGCAUUAUUUUAGGGUCACACAUGCAUGUUAACUAUUUUGAAAGCUGCGAAUUAUCCUUUGGGGAUGCUGUUGUUGUUAAUUUCAUGUUUGUUAUUAGAUGCUCGGGUAUUUCAGUGCAACUUGAGUUGAGGGAAUAUGACUAUGAAGCUAGUGCUAACUUUCAACUGUUUCAUUCCAUGGCUCUAAUAGGCGUGUUUUUUCACCCAGCGAACCAUGUGAAAGAUUAGAAAACAACAAGUUAGACAUUGUGGUCAACACCCUAAUAAGUGCUUGCCACAAGCGUGACGAUGCCGCGCUUCUCGUGCACUUGUGACAUUCGUUUAUUUGUCACAAUUGUGACAUGUUUGAGCUUGUGAGGAGCAUGACAAAAAGUGCCACUGAAAGUUGUCCAUGACAUAUAGCCAGAUCAAAACGCUAGCAAUUGCGUGGUUUAGGUUGUAUAACGCAAUGACAGAAGUGUGCACUUCAACAAGGCACUUGAAAGAUACUGCAAGAGUCUGUUGGCACUUUGUUCUUGCAUUAGUUGUUUGUUUUGUUUUAUUCACCAUUUUUAGUUCGGUAUACCUAUUGCGAUUGUGACAGCAUACGCCACGUGAUGUUGUAGUCUUUGAGGACGGGACCUCUGCACGACGAUUAACCCUGCACCCAGACUGUGUUCUUUGGUACACCCCUUUGAGUUCCCCUGUAUGCUCACUUAUUUGCGUCCCCUCAACUUUAGGUGCGCUAGACUCUUGUAAAACAUCAAUUUUGUAUGUUCUUUAACGAUGUGCUAGUUUUUAAGAAUGUUAGUGCACUGUGGCUCACUAUUGUUGUGCAUGCAAUGUAGUUGCAUAUCUUACGUAGGACCAGCAUACGAAACAAUGGUCACAGAUGAAAUGCUCAUCUUUACACUUAAACAGGCCACAUUACGCUUGACAAGUUUAUUCGUAGUGAAGAAAUUCUUAUGCAUUUGAACAACAUUAUAAUCGAGGCAUAGCAAAUUCAGCGAUACUUUCGUUUCUGCACAUCCGACAUUCAUUAUAGUAAUUUCUUCGUUGCACUGUAUUGGGAGUGACAAAAAUAUUUUAGUUCAACUUUGUUAUAUUUCAUAAUUCACUAUUCCGAUGUUUGGAGCAGAGCCGUGAAAUAAUUUUUCUCGCAAUUCUUCUAUUUUGGUUACCUUAUGACAGAGUAAGGAUUCACUAUAAAAUAUAGCGGUGUGUGGAUGUUUGAAAUAUCGAGUAUUUAUGUAUUAAAAAUAGAGAUGUUCGAAUAUUCAAAAUAUUGAACAAGAAUAGAGUAUUUUUCAAAUUCUAAACAUAUUUAAUUAGAAAAAUGCAUAUUUAGAUUUUUUUGGAAUAUUCAGCCACGGCUCAGUGUGCAAUUAAAAAGGUGAUUACUCAAAUAAAUUUGAAUAUUCAUACAAGUAACGAAUAAUAAAUGCUGUGCAUUCUUAUUUUUGAAGUCGAACCUUGCUAAUAGUACAUACCAGUUAGGUUAGGUUGCACAUCCCAGUUAUGCAUGCUAUCAUUCGGUGCAUAUUUAUGCUGCACCGAUAACAGGCAAUGUUUUACUGUAAUCAUUUGGGAAACGUGCGUGACCUUUGCGCUCAAUUUCAACCUGUUUAAGAGACUCAAGUGGCAAAGGCGUUUUUUUUUUUUACCAACCUUUAUCCCACGCGUCUUUUUGUCCUACAGUGGUCAUACGAUACCGAAACUUUUAUGCCACGUUUGCAUGCGUCAUAAUAUGAAAUAUUUAAGCACGAACUGUCCUGCCAAUAUAUUGAGGUGUAUGCUUUGAGCUUUCUAACAAUCUUAUCUGGAUGUGGUGCCACAGUGCCCGACCAUGCACUGAACUUGUGGCACAUUGCAAGCUUUAGCUGUCCCCACGGUCGAAAGGUUGUGUGCAGUACGGGUGUACCUCGAAAGCUAGUCCAAUAUGCCAGCGGUGUGGUACGCCCGCUCGCGACUUUAAACUAGUGUGAUAAACGUACCACCUUGACGUCGCGCCACUUGUUCCUGUCUGUAGAAUGGCGUGACGCAAAGUCCGUAGCAGUGUGCUUGGCCAUAACUGAGCACGUGUCGCGCAUUGUUUAGUGUAGAAGGGUUGUGCACCUUGUGCUGCUGACCUGUUUGCUUGCCUUAGCAAGGCUUCUCAACAAUGCAUGGCAUUUUGUGCAUAUGGUGAAAAUUCCUUUAAUUCUAUAGAGUUAGGUUCGUAUUGAAGCGUGUAUGUUGCCGCACUGUUUGAUGUUUGAUGCGUACAGCGUUUGCUUGGUGUGUUUCUGUCAGGCCUUUCUUUUUCUUUGUAUUCUGGGUGAAGCAUUGUUGCUCUUCCAGACUUUACUAAGUUUUUCUGUGUAUUUGUGUACAGUUUGCAAUUGAAUUGCCGUCUCACUACAUGGAAUAUUUUAUUUCGGUAGAGAUUUGUCGGUUGUGAAACACCAAAAAUGUUUGUUGUACGGCUGCAAUAGGUGCGUUAAAUGUUGCAAUAUGCAUAUUUUUGGAAGGGCAGCGCGCUUCAGCAUUUAUUUGAGUUCCUUUCAUGGCACAGGAGGCUGCUUGACAUUCCCUUUAGUUAUCGACAGUUUUACCAGACGUCAGUCAUCACUGCCUGGAUUCUUACAGCUGUAGAAUUGCUGUAGCACGUGUCAUUUUGAGCUACGCCUUUUCUUUAGACCCGCUUGAAUAAUAAUUCCGUGCUCUAGCAUUGCCUGGUUAGUGUUUCACUGGUGUUGCAGGUGUUUCCUUGUUGUGAAUAUAGGUGUAUCUCGUUGAUUUAGGAUGCUCACAUUUUCUUUCCGAGUUCUGUGCAGUGUUGCAUUACUUGUGGAUGUGCCUUUAAUAAGAAACACCUUCGGUUCACUGCGCUGAGGCCUGCUUAGAAGCUUAAGUUGCUUGGCUUUUCUGCAGUGCACGUAGCCCCGGGAGGAUUAAGGGAAUGUAUGCUCAUUCUCUGGUUCAUAGCACAGGUUAUAAACUAAUGCUCUGGUGUUUGUGGUCUUGUCACUUGGCAGAUAAAGAUUUGAAGAAUGCGCCGACAGAAGGCAGUGUUUCAAACAAAAGGCAAAAGUAUAUUGUCAACACCAUGGUAACAAAUAAACGCAACUGUGGUUUUCAUUUUUGCUGUUCGGUUUCUUCCUGUUCAACACUGCCUUUCUGAAAUUUUAUUGAGUCGUCGAUAAAGGUGCUGAAAAGCAAUGCCCGCACUGUGGUGCCUACAGUCUGACCAGUGUGUUUGAUGCAGAUUUCUUUUUGCUCUAGGCUACUGUCUAUGACUUGCAUUUGAAUAUGACUUGCUUUUUCUUAUGCUGACUUGGUUGUUCAGGAGGGUUGCUUGUUGGGCAAGCUGCUACAUAUUUAGUAAACUACAAACGCCACAAAAUGAUAAAAUCAGAAAAAGCAGAGCAGUAGAAACAGAGACCAGAGACCUGUGUGCCACAUCUCUGCUCUCUGUUUCUACUGCUCUGCUUUUUCUUAUUUCGGCAUUUUGUGGAUUUUGUAGUUCACUAAGAAAUGACAUGGCUGUGUUGUAGCAGUUUCUGACGAUACGUUCAGCAUUGUCAGUCAUUGUGAACUCGACUCCUUUCAAUAACAGAUAAGUUUCAUUCUACGAAGAAGGCAUUUAAUAAUUCUGCUGGGCCUACAGUUUUAUAAAAGUUUUGCAAUUCUUGUUGUGUGACGUCUGUGAAUUAUCGUGCAUGUAUGUACAUUUCAUGUAUAGUAUAAGUGCAGGCUUUAUGCAAACACUUUGUUGAUAGAUAAUUACUCUUUGUUUUAGCUUAUCGAUCAGAACAAGAAUAUUUGUUUGAGACAGGUCGGUUCAUCUUUAUGAACCCCUAUGUUUAUCCUAUUUAUGCCUGUUAAGCUUUGUCACUUCACUUGCCUUUGACUGAACAACUGUGGAUCAAACAUUUAGCAUCACGUAUGGAGAUCAUGCGAGUGUUUGAACUGCCAAUAUCUGUCAUGGAUGUUGUACUAAAAUGUGCUUGUAAUGCAGUCAUUACCAUAUAAUAAUGUUUUCAUUAGUGAUUAGUCUAUGUUGUAGAUUUGAUUCGUUAGCUCUAUACAAGGGUGCGUCUAUUAUAAACUCAUUUGUAGUGUGUGAACAAAUGUGUGCUGUAAUUUGGAACGCUUCACAAAACACGUGACUAAGACUUGGCAAGCUGAUCAACAAAUACGUCAAAAAUGGUGCUCUUUACAGUAAUUGUGGCCACACACUCGAUUUGCACAGGUAGCGCGUGGUUUUCAGCAUAAUCAGUGUUGACAUAUACCUGCUCCAUUUUGCAGCACUUUUUUUAGCACGUUGUUACAAUGUAGUCUAUUUCAUGCGUGUGCCAUAGGUGUGUGUGAUAUCAUAGCAAUGUGAUCUCUGGCAAAGUUCUGUGCUCUCUCUCUCUCUUUGUUUUAUUUUUGCUAUUGUCGAUUACAUGUACAUACAUAUAAGUCAAGGACAUGUGUGUAUGUGUCUGCAUGUGUGUUAGAAAAAAAAAAGGUCUAGUCGUAGGGCUUUUGUACUUGGGAGGGGGACAAAAGAAGAUGAAUAAAUGGAGUGCGUCACCAAA